AUGAAGAUUUUCAAUCUCGACCGUGGAAACACUCUCUCUGUUUCUCUCUUCACCGAUGUCACCAAUUCCAAGGAGCUCUUGAAUUCCAUGUUAGACGGAAGUCUGAAGCUGGAAGUCUCAUGUCUCAAUGCAUCACUUAUUCCAGAUAUUUUCCCUGUCUUAGCUGCUGCUCAGAAAGCUCUCGUCUCCAAAUCACGCGAUUCCUUAUCAACCCGAACUCUUCAUUCCGAGCUCGUCUACAAUUACUCAGGAUCUAAACAUAUUACAGAAUCCUUGAAACGAUGUGGGAUUUCUGAAACCUCUACUUACAUUAUUGCUGCCCGUUUCAAUGCUUCUCCCGCUGAGAUGGAGGAGGUUGCAAAAUUGGUCAACGGCAAGGAAAUUGAAUUAGACGAGUUAAAAACGCUAGCAAACCAAACACAGAUACUAAAGCAUUACAAGAUAACAAGCCAAGAACUCGGAAUCUCCUCUCUCGGUGAUGCCAUUGUUUGCCGGAUCGCCGCACGCGACGCUUUGUAA